AACAUACCAGCAUGGCAUAAGCACAAGAUUUUUGUUCUGAAGACGAGUAGCAGUGAUGGUACAGCUGUUUGGGGGAUACAUUUGUUGAAGACUGAAAGGAUGCUGAGGAAAAAUAAGACUGUCCAGAGGACAUCGCCCUUCUAUGAGAAGGAUUGUUUUGAAGAAUGUCCCUUUUUAGAAUGUUGUUAAUCGGGAAGGAAAUCUAUCAACCUGAUAUAAUAGGCCCAGACACGAAGAUGGAGUGUCAAAAAAUCAUCAAUUUUGGAAACCAACUUCUUCGCCGGAAAAACGUGGACUGCGCUCGAGAAGACAGUCGGCUCUCACGAUGCCUCAACACGUUUGACUUAGUGGCUCUGGGUGUGGGCAGCACUUUGGGCGCAGGUGUCUAUGUACUGGCUGGAGCUGUGGCACGGGAAGAUGCGGGACCUGCCAUCGUUGUUUCCUUCUUGAUUGCUGCCUUGGCUUCAGUGCUGGCUGGACUCUGCUACGGAGAAUUUGGUGCUCGAGUUCCUAAGACGGGAUCAGCUUAUCUGUACAGCUAUGUGACCGUGGGUGAGCUGUGGGCCUUCAUCACAGGGUGGAAUUUAAUCCUCUCCUAUGUUAUUGGAACUUCGAGCGUGGCCAGAGCCUGGAGCGCGACGUUUGAUGAGAUCAUAGGCCAGCACAUUGAAGAGUUUUGCAAAAGAUACAUGACGAUGGAUGCUCCUGGAGUGCUGGCAAAAUACCCAGACAUCUUCGCCGUGGUCAUAAUCACCAUCCUAACAGGGCUUUUAAUAUUUGGCGUGAAGGAAUCUGCCCUGGUGAACAAAGUGUUCACCUGCAUCAACAUCCUUGUUCUUGGCUUCGUCAUGGUCUCUGGCUUCGUGAAAGGGUCUGUUAAAAACUGGCAGUUGACUGAACAGGACAUUUACAACACCAGCCACAGCAUAUACGGAGACAAUCAAACACAGGAGGAAAAGCUCUACGGUGUUGGAGGGUUUAUGCCCUAUGGAUUGAAAGGAGUCCUGUCAGGGGCAGCUACGUGUUUUUAUGCUUUCGUGGGAUUUGACUGUAUUGCUACUACAGGUGAGGAGGUAAAAAACCCUCAGAAGGCCAUUCCUGUUGGCAUUGUGGCAUCUCUGCUCAUCUGCUUCGUGGCUUAUUUUGGCGUGUCAGCUGCCCUGACACUCAUGAUGCCUUACUACCAGCUGGAUACCAAUAGCCCUUUACCCAAUGCCUUUAAAUAUGUGGGUUGGGAUGGAGCCAAUUAUGCUGUGGCUGUUGGUUCCUUGUGUGCGCUUUCUACGAGUCUCCUUGGCUCCAUGUUUCCAAUGCCUCGAAUAAUUUAUGCUAUGGCAGAAGAUGGACUUCUCUUUAAAUUUUUGGCUAAAGUCAACGAGAAAAGAAAAACUCCAAUAAUUGCAACAGUGACAUCAGGAGUCAUUGCAGCUGUAAUGGCCUUUCUCUUCGACUUGAAGGAUCUUGUGGAUCUCAUGUCCAUUGGGACCCUCCUGGCUUACUCCUUGGUGGCAGCCUGUGUGUUGGUACUAAGGUAUCAGCCAGAGCAGCCUAAUUUGGCGUACCAGAUGGCUAGGACAACAGAGGAGACAGAUAACAAUGAGUCUGUGAGCACCAGUGAGUCUCAGGCUGGAUUUCUGCCAGAGGAAGAGGAGAAGUGUUCCCUCAAAGCCAUACUGUGUCCCCCAAAUUCGGACCCUUCCAAAUUCUCUGGCUUGGUGGUGAACAUCUCAACCUUCAUCAUUGGUUUCCUUAUUGUGGGUAGCUGUAUCUUGACUGCUCUUGAGCCAAGUGUUCUGAUAAAGGCUGUAUGGAUUAUUGCUGCCAUCCUUGUUCUUGUCGUCAGCUUUGUUAUAUGGAAACAGCCUGAAAGCAAAACCAAGCUCUCCUUUAAGGUACCUCUUUUGCCCCUUCUUCCUGUUGUGAGUAUUUUCGUGAAUGUUUACCUCAUGAUGCAGCUAGACCUAGGCACAUGGAUCCGGUUUGCAGUCUGGAUGCUCAUAGGUUUUAUCAUCUACUUUAGUUAUGGAAUAUGGCACAGUGUGGAAGCCACCUAUGCUGCCGCAGCAGAUGCGGAGAGAAACACGGACACUGGCUCAGACAGCUAUAGUAUUGCGCUGAACCAGCCAAAGGGGAAGAGAAAACCUGAAGGGGCACCUUUGUUGCUAGAUCCCAAUUUGGACAGGCAGAGGACAAGAGGAACUAGAGCUGGUAAGAACCAACAGCCUGGUGUGCUGGCAGCUGGGAACGAGGCUGGGGCUGCCCCGUCGGCUGCUCCACAACAUCAUUGCAGGGGUGGGAAUAACAAAAUGGCUAACCUGGAGUGAGAGCCGCAGUUUUUCAAAGUUCUCCUCCAAUUGUGCCUUUUCCAGUUUGUGAGCUAUACUGAGUUCUGGAGAAGAAAUACAGACAUGACAUUGCUAAGCAAAGUCCAGCAAGCCGGGCUCUGAGAGCUGACAUCAUGAGCCAAGUGCAAUUCAGGAUGCGGUUUUAGGGCAUGGAUGUUGAGUAGGAAACUGAUAGUAAAAUACUCUGAAACCCUAGGUAAAUUGUUUUGGGGAUCAGAAUUUCCUGAUCCUUCACUGGAUCCUCUAUUUCUACAUGACCAGAUUCUGAUUUUUCAGAACUGCUCAGAAUUCCAGCUCCAGGGGCUCUGAUCUGAAAAGGAUCAGUCUGACAGUGGGUCAUUUACCAGUUCACAGUGAGUAUCCCCAAGUCAAAGAUUUUUAGAUUAGAUAUAUUUAAAAGCUGGGGUUGCAAUUUGUUUGGGAAGAUAGAGAGGGGGUCAGCAACUCAGAUGCAAAAAUGCAAAUGAUUGUGCUUCUCCAGGAGCUGCGGCAGAUGACCUUUGAGGUUUAUUCCGUAAGUGAAACUGACAGAGCCCAGAGACAAAAAAGUCCCCUAUUUACAUCACAUGGUUAAAAGUUUCACUACUAGAACAACUCACCCUGGACUUAGCAAUAACCAGAAGUUUAAUAACCAAAGUAGAAUAAAAUU